ACAUUGUUUUGCUUGAUUUUGUUUGUUGUUAGAGCACGUCCUAUGCACUUCUACAAGUUCUCAUAACUGUGUCUUGUCACAGACCACAAACUGUGCAUUCAUUCCCUGCUAUUUCAUACGUCCAUCUCACGUAAACAAUCAUGGCAGCGCCCCAUCGGCAAGAAUCAUGGUGGGCUGCUCGGCCCAGCUGAUGUGACGUUCUUGAAUCUUAACGUAGUUUCUGUCUCCGAUUGCGUUUCUUUCUCCCUACUUCUUGAUACCGAGAGAUUCAACGCUGCAAUACACUCGCCCUUGCGUCUCGGGCGGCCUCGUAUUGAGGUCUGGCCGCUCGCGCGCGUUUUAUUUUGAGACCAUGCGGGCACGUGACGUCCGAGGAAACGGUCUCGGGAUUACCAAAUUUGGCUGAAAUUCGAGUCGGCGACCUCCGGCUUGCCUAAUAUGCACCGAAGCGUAAUGGAACCAAGGCGGCCGCCGCGUUUUGAGGACGAGCACGACUGCGCGUUGCGGCAUUUCGCGCUCGAAGUUGUUGGGCACUGUGAUAUCGGCACACCGGUGGUUACGUGCAUUCGUCGUACGGUGCGGUGAUACGCGAACUCGCGUCGGUGGCGUCUGUCGUGACGGCAAGGUCGGUGCGGCUAAGUGAUUAGCGAAAAGUGACUCGGACGCAAAGUGACAGUGGAGUGCUCUCGGUGCGCCAAAUCCUUCGGACAGCCAGAUUCCAGUAAGGCCUACAACUCAGCACCUAUCUGUGAGUCCCAGGAUGCCAUGACCUGACGUAUGCAAAGCGGGUUUGGCUCAUCUAACGAAUUGGAACCUGAAGCCAAGAUGACGGUACUGGAUUCUUCAUGCAGCACCCUUACUAAAGAUCAGACAGCUUGUUUAACUGAGGGCGGUGCCGCUACCAGACACGCUUCGGGCAGGCCAGACAAACAGCGUCAGGGCAGCGGCUACUUCCAGCAACUCUUCCACGCCCCCAAUGGGAACCUCUUCAGCGUGCUCUCACCGCUGCAGCAGCGCGGCGGCCGCUUCUGCUCCAUGAAGCCUGCGUUCCUGUGCCGCCAGCCGGCGCAGCAGCAGCAGGGCCAGCGUGCCACGCGCAGCCGGAGCGGCCGGCGCGGUGGCGGCAGCCGCUGCCUAAAGUUCCACAACUUCAUCCCUUCCGAGAGCAUCACCUCGGAGAAAGACGAUGGCUCGCACGACGAUGUCUGGAAGGUGCACGCCGAGUGCAAGCUCCAGGAGGAGCACGGCACCAAGCAGAUCAUGGUGUCCCAAUGGUCCGUGUCUUCGUCGGACGCGCCGCCGCCUUCGUCGUCGUCUUCCUCUUUCGUACAAGCGGCGACGGAGUCAAGGCACUCGGCCGGGAACGAUACCGCCGCCUCGACCGAAGCUGAGAAAGCUACGCCGUCUCAGCUGGCUUCCAGAUUGCGAGCGGAGGUGACCCGGCGGCAGCCUGCAUCGACUUGCCCACCGCCCGCGUCGAGCCCAACCAACAGAGCUGCGGAUGCGUCAAGACCGAGCACGGACCCACGGCCCCAGCAACAAGGCCAGGUCACUUGUCAGGCGGGACCCGUGGUCGCUGCCGUCACAGCUCCACCGCCUGCGCCUGUGGACGAAGAAGCGCUUCGGGCGACGCCCGGAUGUUUUAUUCCUUCCAGAAGCAGCGAGCUCCUCAACGAGCUCGCGUCAUCGUCGUGCUGCUCGGAGGACGUCCCAAGCAGGACUGACUCGGCGCCCGCGUCACCGAAUUGCGCGGCCGACGCGAGCGCCGACACUUCUGUCAAACAGUCGGAGAUCCUCUUCGAGUGCCUCUCCAAGCGGCACCGAAGAAAGCCCUCGCAGACACGCAGGGUCGUCCCUUACCGAAAGUACCUGUCCCUCUUGGAAAAUGAUGAAGCUUCCAAUGCGUCGCACCCUCUGGACUUGUCUAUGAAGACAAGAGUGCGUGCAACAGAGGAUGCUGGUGCCACAGUUGGCAACAGCGACAGCUGUUGUUUCUCGCCUGCAGUGUGUGGUGCGUCGCCUUUUGUGCCCUGUUGCUUACCGGCCUGUUCCUCGCAACCGUACCUGCCCAGUGUGCCUUCCGAGCACUAUCAUUUUCCUUACCAGGACCCGAGGACGUCCGUGUCUGGCAGCUUUGAGAAGUCUCCACUCCAGGUUGCAUUGGAAGCACCUCUCACAACUGCACCAAACCGUAGACUUUACAGUGCUUUUUCUCAGCCAAGUCCACUUGCUACACUGGGUCACCAGUCUAUGGUGUCCGCAUCUGUGGUGCCUACGACCCAGUUGCCAUUUGGCUAUGCCCUCUACUCGACACCAACAUCAGCUUCUGGUGCUGGUGUCAGGCCAUCACACCCUCUUCAACCACAGUCCCAUACAGACUGUUCGGGCAGUGGCAGUAGAUCAGCAUUGAUGGCGGUCCUGCAGAAUUGUCGAGACCCGAGGACCAGCAGUGGCCAUGGUUCAUCAACAAGCCCGUCACCCUCGGAAGCACCACGGGGUCUUCGCAAACCGAGCCAGAGGUCACUGAUCAAGCAGAAGCUGGAGGACACGUUCAAGCAGAAUGGUUUCCUCGUCAAGACCAAGCAAGUCUCGGAUGGUGACGCCACCUUCUGCAAGUUCCGUCAGCUUCGCAAGUACACACGCUACUACCUCAAGAGCUGGCACCACCACCUUCCAGCAGAAGUGCACAAGCUCUGGAAGGGUUUCCUUCCACCUAAGACACUUCCUGGCCCUGGGAGCUCAGUUGAUGAUGUGGCCAGGGAUGCUUCGCAAGGCUCACUUUCUCUACCACAAUAGAAAUAUGGCACCGUGCUACGAAUUUCACUAUCAGAUUGAAGGACGAUACGUUUCUUUUUUGUUUGUACAGUGUUUAGCUUGGUUAACUCAAGUCAUGUUGGUGUUAAGCCAACUUGGGUUUGAGCACAUUGCCCUGAUUGAUGAGACUGAAUGUGCUCAACAAAGUUCUUAAAAGCAAAAUUGUUUUUGUUUAGUUACCUUAUCUGAAAUUGACUGUUUAUCCUAUGACUGAUUUUUUGCAGUCUCUACCUAAGUAGCUAAGCGUCUUGAAGUUUUGAAAGCCAGUUCAGUCACUUUUGGAGGCCCUAAGCCAAUUGUGUUAAAUAAACACGGAACAAUCUUGCAUGAGAACAAACCAUUCUCUGGGAUAAAUUAAUCUGAGAACACAAGAGUACUCCUGUAAAAGCUGUGAGGCUAUUUAGACCUUAAUGAUUGAAUUGUUAUUAUGUUUCAAAGCCACUACAACAGUGCCUUGUGUUCGUUAUCAAGCCAUGACCCCCCUUGCAUUUCUUUUUUCCUGAGUAAUAAUAUUUAUUUCCGCCAGUGUAGCGUGAUGAAGGAGGUGAGAAAUAAAAACAGCCAUCUGCUUACAUAGUUUUAUCUGGUGUAUUUCGUUCUGAUCCUCUCGCAUAUUUCCCGAGUUUUCGCAAAUCGGAUAUUGCUUAUGGGGGAAAGCUGCCUUAAAAUUUACUCGACUAGUCUUCAUUUUAAAUAUCAAUUUGAACCCACGUUUUGUUUCCCGCCACUUUCACAGUGAUUGUCAUGCAGUUUUUAAUCCUUGGUGAACACAUAGAUUAUGUAAAGGUGAAGAAUAAUUUCGUGUUCACAACCGAAAAAAAAAAAACUUUUUUAUAUGAGCAGCAGCUCUAAAAGAUGCUUUUUGCUUCUUGCAAAGGUAUAAUUUCUAUCAUCAUUUUAAUUCUUUUGAAGUUUGGGAUGCCUGCACUUGGAGUGAUAAUUGUGUAUACAGUUAAGGAGAAUGUUGACAACUAGCCCACAAAUGGUUGAUGAACACCAUGGAGAAGCUUUAUUUUUAUGAUUAGGUAUGACAUAAGCGUAAUUAUACUAUAAAGACUAAGCAUUAGCGUACUGUGAGGCACUAGUGCUUGUGUGUGCUUAUCCUUCAGGUUUGAAGUAAUGGAUAGCCGGCCUCCACCAUUUCGUGAUGCUUUUAUUUAUACUAGUUAUAACCUAUGUUGUGAACAGCGAGAAAGACAGAGUGAGCAGAUGGCGCAAGGUGUUCACAGCACCUCUGUUGUCUACUCCAUCAAACUUUUCUUGUGCCAUGCAGGGUUUAGAUGCUCGUUUCAUUCUUUCAUUUGUCUCAAAGGUUGUGAAGGGCUAGGGUGCUGAUCAUGGGGACUCUGUAAUGUGAAGCAGUGAUCUUUGUUCAUUUGCUAAAAAUGCACGUAUUGUGUAUUCUGCCAAUUUGACCACAUGCUGACUCUCAUUCUUUAACAAUGCCGAGCAUUCUAAAGAAGUGUUUUCAAACAGUGGUCUUGAGAAAUUAGUAUUCUAGAUUAGAAAAAUAGGCAGUGGACUGUGUAUGGUAUUCAGUGUAAUAGUUAACAUGCAAGUGUGUAUUCAAUGUCACUUAUGUUAGUCAUGGAAGAGGGAAGUUUUUACAAUUACACACAGUGCAGCCUAGAAGUCUUGCGAAGCGGAAUGCGGCUUGGCUUGGGCAUUUGCACACUGGGGGCUGACAUUGAUGACACCCCGGAGUAGCUACUAGAGUAAUGGCCUUUGAGCAGUAAGCCUAGCAAUCCUAGUCCCAUAACGCUCAUCUGAAAGACAUUAAAAAGCUUCAUUAUUCAGGGCAGAGAAGGGAAGUUGAGCUACCCAUGUCAAUAUGUGUGACCUUUGAUGCAGGGUAUGGGGGAAAUGACACUCGGACUUUUAGAAUGAAAGCAUAAUUCAGUGCUUAUUAUUUCAUUACACAGCACCAAACGAACACCACGCAGCUGCUGCUCAUUUCUGUAGAAUACUUAACAUGCUCAAUUGCAAAAAUAAUUUUCCAUGAUUCAAACCAUUGGGCUGUAUGUGACUUGUGCAAAUGUCGUUGCUGCUGCCAUGUUGGCAAUCUGUUGUGAGUGAUAUUCUACACUUUAACCUGAUCUGCGCAUGUUCAGCAUGUCUUCUUAUCUCCAGUAACCCUGCCAAAGCCACAGUUGGGGCUCUGUUAAGAUGUUUGUGAUGCUGCAUGCAAGGAAGAUCUGAUGUGAGAAGCUGAACUUUCUCAUAGGAUACUUGAAACAUAAAGCGUGUGCUUUCCACUGCACAGUACUGAUUGUGUUUUACAUGGCUCUCUAUUUUUUCUGUGCUGUGGGUGUAUUCACCACAGGGAGCAAAGGGCUGCUUAUCAAACCUCUCUGCAACACCCCUCACCUUCUUUCCUUCAUCUCUUCUUCACAUUUACUCAUAAGCAAUGUGAUAAGCUGAAAGAUCUUGCCAAUACAUUAACUCUGGAAAAAUUGUUCAAACAUCAAGGAAAGCAGAAAAAAGCAUUUGCCAACUUGUGCUCUUAAUUUAAAGCUUACAACGUUGUCCCAAAUUGCUAGCCUUUCAUGCUAGUCCAAUGGCUCUGAGGCAAACGCAUCCCUCCCUGUCUUAGUACAGUGGACCUUCUUUAUAUUUCACCCAUGAUAUCUGCUCACCUGUUUUCAAUAGGUUUGUUGUUUCACACUGCAUUGCCCUGUGAUCUCCUUUAACACGUCCAAAAGGAACUUGUUUUGUGAUGCUAUUGCUGUUGGUGAGACUAGUCAGAGACAGGGUUGCUUUUGCACAUAUUGUUAGGUGUUGUACAGAAUUCUAGAAUUUUUGACGAGAUGCACUCUUUUGAUGUAAGGACAACUAGCAAACACACACUUCCCCAAAGAGAAGCAUACAUCUUUAUCUAGGAUCUUCUUCAUUUAUUGUGUUGGAUUCACUUGUGCACUAUUCAGAAGGAAGCAUAACAGAAACUUUCAGAACAAGCUACUGUUUUCCAGGAAGUUAUGUCUCUUUCCUUUUACUGUAGACCAUUUCAUAACAAACUCCAUGACCAGUGCUGUUUUCACUGCUGUGCUGGAGCGUAAUGGUGCUUUCUUUAUACAUAUUUCUGUGUUGUGAAGAUGGAAUAUAUCUUUAGGAGCAAGGGCAUGUGCAUGCUUUAACUUUUUUUGCCCUCGUUUCUACUGACAGACAAGGUGGCUAUCUAGACAACAGUGGCUUGAUCUGUUAGGAUUCCUAGUAGCAUCUGUUUUUGUAUGAGUCCCCUUUUUACAAGCCUUGCUAUAUUCUUUGGAAGGUCCGCUAUGAGCAAAUAUUAGUUGUAAGUAUCACAUCGGUCGUUUCUAUUCUUUGUGCAGCUGUUUGUAUGGUGGUUGUCUUUUUAGUCACGGAAUGUCAAUUGCUCUGUUAUGUAUGGACUUCGUCAAGUCCCUCCUUUGUGAUGAAAAUGAUUUGCAAGCAUUUUGUGUGCAUAUGACUGUCACUCUGUCAUCUUCUGUUUGGUAGUGUUGAGGCUUAGACUGUCCCAAAGACUUUUUCACCAUUUUUUGUACAUAGCUGCAGUAAGGCAUACCUUGUUUAAACAUUGAUUUAAGCAAACUUUUUCAUAUAUUUACUAAUCUCAGGUGCUAUGUUGAGGUACGAGAUUUGUUUUAUUGGAAAUUUGCAAGUUUUCUUCAUGUUUAAAUUUCCGAUCUGCUAUGUAUAUUGUCUUAAGCAGUAAACUGAUGUAAUGACUCCCAUAGCUGUACUGUGGCUCCAACACUAUGUGUGGGCUUUGUUGUUGGCAGCACUGAAUAACUUUUGAGUAGUUAGGCAUAGUGUUGCAUGCAAGCAACAGCCAUAGUGCCUUUGAUACUGCUAUUAACUUAUUGCCAAAUGUAUUUACAGUUCACCUUUCUUUGUUGUUGAGUUUUUGUUUCUAAAGAGUUGUUCGUGAUGUUAAGUUUUUCUCAUAGGUUUUAAGAACAGUGUGCCUGUUCCUGUUUUUUGCCUUGAAUCUAUCAGGCGAAGUUGGCAGCUGACACAAAGGAAAUGUUUGAAACGUCCAGUGUAUAAACAUUGUUCUUCCCACCAUGUGAUGAUAUUUUUCUAAUGCGUGUUUUUUUCAAUAUGUUGGUCUGCUAGGCCGAUCAUGCACAAAGCACAAAAAAGAGUCCUUCAUGAGCAUUGUUGUUAAUAAAUGUUUCCUUACCAUG